ACUCCAAAUCUCAUUUUAUUUUUAAACGAAACAUUUGAAUUUUACUAUAUAUAUAGUAAAAUAUAAUGAUGCAGAAAUGCAUAUAUAGUAAAGUAUAGAUGCAGAAAUAAAAGCACUCAAUUAUUAUUUUUAAUAUUCAAACGCUUGCAAAAAAUUAUCAUAAUAUUUAAUAUUUAAUCGCUUGUCGACUAAACUUUGUGAAAGAAAGUCAUGCAAUAAAUUUUAAAGGUUUAUUGUAAGAGAAAGACUUCAAUUUUCAAAACCAUAUAUUUAUACAUACAAUUAUAUAUACUUUCUACAGCAUAUAUUUAUAUAUACAAUAUAUUACAUGUAUACUUACGUAUGUACUAUAUUACUAUAGUUAUACUAUAGUUAUACUAAACGAUAAUUGCUCGAAUAAUUUAAAUUUUAGAUACAUACAGUUUCUAUAAUAAUGCUCAUUGUUACAAUGAAGAUUGUAUGUGUUAACAAUUGCAAGAAACAUUGCUUUCGUAAUAGAAAUAAGAGAGAGUAAAAAAAAUGAUAUUCGAAUAGUUUAAGCAAUGCACAUUUAUAUAGUCAGUUAUAGAGGUUUACACACACAUGUCUGUUAAAAUUCAAAUAUUUAAAACAAAAAAGGAAAUGUAUUUUAUGGAUUUUAAUCCUGUUGUAUUCUUUUGGCCAUUUUUGACUCGCUUGUAUCUUUCUAUCUGAAAUAUUAACGUAUGAAAAAAUUCUUGUUAGUAAUUUCUUAGUUCUUUAAGAAUUGAGUAAGAUUGAAGUUUGAGGAUCAAAGUAGGAUUUCUUAGUUAAAAUUAGACCAAAAUAAUGAUAACGUUUCUUUCAUUUAUUUAAAAAGCAAUAUCUGUAAGUGAGAAAUAUGAUCCUAGAAAAAUCAAUGUACAUUAUAAUUAUCAUGUAUAAAGUAAAAAGAAUAAAAUUUUAUAAUUAUAAUUAUAAUAAUAAUAAGAAUAUGUUUAUUGGCAUUAAUGUAUCAAUGAUGAUUGUGUUCGUGUCUUUUUAUUUUCAUUUAUUAUAUUUUCUAACAACAUAAAAAAACAUGGUGACAUGACAUUUCUAUGUAACUUUAAUUAAUAACUAAUAAUUAGUGCCUAUAAAAUAUAUUAAUUCCUAUAAAAUAUGGUAAAAUAAAAUAUAAUAUAAUAAAAUAAAAUAUAUUAAAUAUAAUAAAUAAUUUUUUUUUAAAUAUUUAAGAUUUUACAGAUGUAUAUGUAUAAAUUAUCAUAAUUAACUUACAUAUCUACGAUUUGCAAAAAUGGUGAACUUAGAAACCAAAAUUAUUCUUUAAAUGAAAUCGUUAUAUGGAAUUUUAUUAUAUACCAUAAUUAUUUGUUAUUUGAUUAUUAUAAUUUAUUAGUAGUUAAUAAUAAAGUAGUCAAUAAUAAAUUUAUUAGUAAUUAAUAAUCAUAUAAAGUUAAUAAAUAUAUUCUUAGGACACAAGAUUCAACCGUGAAAUUGACGCAUUAACGGGAUAUAGGACCAGAGCUCUUCUGUGUAUGCCAAUAAAGGAUUGCAACGGAGAUGUUAUUGGAGUUGCACAGGUUAUCAAUAAACUCGGUGGCGAAAGUCAAUUUACUACGCAAGACGAAAAAGUUUUUGCUGGAUAUUUGCAAUUCUGUGGAAUUGGAUUAAGGAAUGCGCAGCUAUAUGAAAAAAGUCAAUUAGAGGUGAAAAGAAAUCAGGUACUUUUGGACUUGGCUAGGAUGAUUUUCGAAGAACAGAGCACGAUAGAGCACAUGGUCUUGAGGAUUUUAACACAUACGCAAUCCUUAAUACAGUGUCAACGAGUACAGACCGUGAAUAUACCGAACGCCUACGACGAUCCAAGAUUUGAUCCAUCGGUAGACGAUGGCACUGGAUUUAGGCAUCGCACUAUUCUCUGCAUGCCUAUCAAGAACUCGUCCGGUCAGAUUAUCGGCGUUAUUCAACUCAUCAACAAAUUCGACGAUCUUGUCUUUACAAAGAAUGACGAGAACUUCGUUGAGGCAUUUGCUAUUUUCUGCGGCAUGGGAAUUCACAAUACACACAUGUAUGAAAAAGCUGUGAUAGCAAUGGCCAAACAAAGUGUCACAUUAGAAGUGCUUAGUUACCAUGCUUCCGCAUCAUUGGAGGAUGCACAAAGAUUAAGGGGUUUAAGAGUGCCUUCUGCAGCGUAUUUUCAAUUGCACGAUUUCAAAUUUGAUGACAUUCAUAUGGAAGACGACCAAACUCUGACAGCGUGUCUUCGAAUGUUUUUGGAUCUUGAUUUCGUGGAACGUUUUCAUAUUGACUACGAUGUCCUUUGUCGUUGGCUUCUUAGUGUAAAAAAGAAUUAUCGAAAUGUCACAUAUCAUAAUUGGCGUCACGCGUUCAAUGUUGCGCAAAUGAUGUUUGCCAUUCUAACUGCCACGCAAUGGUGGAAAAUUUUUGGAGAAAUUGAGUGUCUUGCAUUAAUUAUUGCCUGUUUGUGUCACGAUUUGGAUCAUCGGGGUACGAAUAAUUCUUUUCAAAUCAAAGCGUCUUCGCCAUUGGCACAACUUUACUCAACAUCAACGAUGGAACAUCAUCAUUUUGAUCAGUGUCUUAUGAUACUGAGUAGUCAAGGAAAUCAAAUUUUAUCAAAUUUAUCUCCCGAAGAAUAUUCUCGUGUGGUAAAAGUUCUGGAAGAAGCAAUCCUCUCUACCGAUCUAGCAGUUUACUUCCGGAGAAGAGGAGCUUUUCUUGGCUUAGCUCAAAAUGGUGGUUACAAUUGGGCUUACAGUGAUCACCGGGAACUUCUAAGAGGAAUGUUGAUGACCGUGUGUGAUUUAGCUGCUAUAACUAAACCCUGGGAAGUUGAGAAGAGAGUGGCAGAAUUGGUUAGCAGUGAAUUUUUCGAACAAGGAGAUAUCGAAAGGCGGACUCUUAAUAUCACUCCUAUUUGGUUGAAGAUUGCGGAGUCCAGAUGUAAAACAGACAACUGCACGAAUCAUGAUAGGACGGUGUCAAUGCCGAAUACCGAAGAAACCAGAGAACAAACGGACCAA